AUGGUUGAUUCACAACUAGCUCAAUUGGCCGAGAGAGCCCCUUUCAACUCACCUUCUACUUUACCCAAACAAUCACAAACUAACCCUUCCAACAUUGUGAAACCCGACUAUUGCGAGGCAAUCACAUUGAGAUCGGGUACAUCCUUUGAGGGCCCCAAGAAGGGGGAUAGUGAGGAAAAGAAGGAAGGAGAAGAGAGUGUGGGUGAAGACAAGGAAGUUGAAGAAGAGAAGGUUUUUGAGAAAGAGAUAAGUAUGGAGAAGAAGAAGCUUAAACAUGAGAAUACAACUUCGACUCCCAGUGAAGCUAGGAAUCUUGAUGGGCCGGUUCCAUUUCCUGGUCGACUUGCGGAAAGGAAGUUGAAUGAUAAGUUUGCAAAGUUCCUUAGUGUGAUGAAAAAUUUGCACAUCAACCUACCUUUCAUCGAAGUUGUCACACAAAUACCUUCAUACUCCAAGUUCCUCAAGGAUAUUCUCACCAAUAAGAGGAAGCUUAAUGAUGAGCUCAUCACUCUUCCCCAUCAAGUGAGUGCACUUGUUCAACAUAAGAUGCCCAAGAAGCAAAAGGAUCCGGGAAGUUUCACUUUGCCAGUAAAGAUUGGGAAUAUGGAAGCUAGGGGCACCUUAGCCGAUCUUGGAGAAGAUUAUCCAAUAGCCGACCGUUCAGUGAAGUUGUCUUGUGGUGAACUGGAAGAUGUUCCUAUUCAAGUUGGGCAUAUUUAUGUGCCUUGUUACUUUGUAGUGAUGGAUAUGGAAGAAGAUGUUGAUACUCCUUUGAUUUUGGGUCGUGAAGCUCUUAAGACUUUGGGGGCGGUGAUCAAUUGCAAGAACAACACCAUUACAUGUGAGUUUGCCGAUGAAAAGAUUGUCUUUGAGUUUUCUAAGUUGCCUAAGACCCCCAUGGUUGAAAAAUGCUAUAGGGUUGAUGUUGUGAAUGAGGAGUUGGAUCGAUUGGGAAGGGUAAUGAUGAAGCCUUCAAGAUCCAAUGGUUGA